AAUAAUAUUCACUUCUCAUCUGAAUGAUUCAAAGUGUUUUAGAGAUCAACAUCAUGUGAUUUAAAGCUUUAAUCUGACAAAUUCUGUUCUGCAGGUGGAUUUUAUUAUUAUAAUUACCAAGUUCUGGAGGGAAAAUCAGUCACUCUGAGCCCUGAUCUCACUGAACUGAAGAAUGAGGAUCAGAUUCAGUGGAGGUUUGGAGAUGAAGACACUUUAAUAGCAGAAAUCAAUGUAACAGCUGACAGAUUCUCUGUAUAUGAUGAUGUUCUUGGAGGAUUCAAAGACAGACUGAAACUGGACAAUAAAACUGGAUCUCUGACCAUCACAGACACCACAGCUGAAGAUACUGGAGUUUAUAGACUACUGAUAAACCAGAUGAGCAGGAAAGUCUAUCUUACAGUCUCUGAUGAAAUAGAAGUGAUGGGGAAAAAAUCAGUCACCCUGAGCUCUGGUGUCUCUGAACUGAAGAAUGGUGAUCAUAUUCAGUGGAGGUUUGGAAAUGAAGACACUUUAAUCGCAGAAAUCAAUAAACAGACCAACAGAUUCAGAUUGUCUGUAUUUGAUGUUCUUGAUGGGAGAUUCACAGAAAGACUUGAACUGGAUGAGGAAACUGGAUCUCUGACCAUCACAGACAUCACAACUGAACAUGCUGGAGUUUAUAAACUACAGAACAACAAUGAAACCAACUCUGUUAAGCUUAUUCUUUCAGGAAAGAGUAAAGUAGUGUCUGUGAAAAUGAGGAAUUCAGUCACUCUGAACUCUGGUGUUACUGAAAUGAUGGAUGGUGAUCAGAUUCAGUGGUGGAUUGGAGAUAAAGACACUUUAAUAGCAGAAAUCAUUCAACAGACCAACAGAUUCUCUGUAUUUGAUGAUGUUCUUGAUGGGAGAUUCAGAGACAGACUGAAACUGGACAAUAAAACUGCAUCUCUGACCAUCACAGACAUCAGAACUGAACAUGCUGGAGUUUAUAAACUACAGACCAACUAUAUUGAUUUUGCUUUCCAUCUCAUUGUCUAUGAUGAAAUAUCAGUGAAGAAGGGAAAAUCAGUCACUCUGAGCUCUGGUCUCACUGAGCUGAAGAAUGAUCAGAUUCAGUGGAUGUUUGGACAUAAAGGCACCUUAAUAGCUCAACUCAAUUGGCGCAACAGAUUCUCUGUAUUUGAUGAUGUUCUUGAUGGGAGAUUCAGAGACAGACUGAAACUGGACAAUAAAACUGCAUCUCUGACCAUCACAGACACCAGAACUGAACAUGCUGGAGUUUAUAAACUACAGAUCAACAAUACUGAUUUUACUUUCCAUCUGACUGUCUGUGAUGAAAUAUCAGUGAAGGAGGGAGAUUCAGUCACUCUAAACUCUGAUCUCACUAAACUGAAAAAAUAUGAUCAGAUAGAGUGGAGGUUUGGAGAUGAAGACACUUUAAUAGCUGAAAUCAUUCAAGAGAUCAACAGAUUCUCUGUAUUUGAUGAUGUUCUUGAUGGGAGAUUCAGAGACAGACUGAAACUGGACAAUAAAACUGGAUCUCUGACCAUCACAGACACCAGAGCUGAACAUGCUGGACUUUAUAAAAUACAGACCAACUAUUUUCGUAAUUCUUUCCUUCUCGUAGUCUGUGACUCUGUUUACUGCUGUGGUCCUACUGAAGCUGCGAUCCGAUUGGUCCUCUCUGCUCUGGUGGGCGUGGCUAUUGUCAUUAUUGUGCUUUAUGACGUCAGAUCCAGAAGAGCUGAACCGAGCUGAACACGAUUCUCUAAAGUAAUGAUGAUUCUGAUGCUGAUUUCUCUAAAAUAAGACACAGAUCUUACUUCACUGUGCAUU